UCUGGAACUGUCCAUUAUGAUCUAGGUUCUGUCAGACCCACGGAGUCAUAAAUUCAGGCAGGCCCAGCAGCAGUCCAACAUAAGAUCAAAGCCGUGUAUCUGGGAUCAAGACAAGUAGGACCAGCAGAUAUGAGAUAUCAGCGGACAGCAGAGUGAUACAGUCAAGAUUGAAAGGAACGGAAAGUAGCCUAGAUUAAGGAGGGUUUGCUAAGAAGACAUUGGUGUUCUCACAGCACUGACAACUCUAGCCUCACGUGGAAUUGAGCUGGCAUCUGGAAAACCGCCAGGAACAAGGCUGUGGAUCAACGUAGACAGAAUGGUUGAUCAGCUCCAGGGAACGUGGAAAUCCAUUUCUUGUGAAAAUUUUGAAGAAUAUAUGAAAGAACUAGGAAUAGGAAGAGUCAGCAGGAAGCUUGGCUGUCUGGCAAAACCCACUGUGACCAUAAAUACAAAGGAAGAUGUCAUCACUAUAAAAACCAAAAGCAUCUUUAAAAAUAAUGAGAUCUCCUUUAAACUGGGAGAAGAGUUUGAAGAAACCACACCAGCUGGCCGUAAGAUCAAGAGUCUGGUAACCUUAGAUAAUGACUCCUUGGUUCAGGUUAAGGACUGGGAAGGCAAAGAGACCACCAUAACAAGAAGGUUGGUGGAUGGGAAAAUGGUGGUGGAAAGUGCCGUGAACAAUGUCACCUGCACUCGGACAUAUGAAAGAGUACCAACAAACUCAGUCACAAACUCUUAAGCACUCUCAUGAUCCAAAGUGCUGAGGUUGCUUAAAUAAAACUCCGUGGUAAAAUACCAUGACUGCUAAUAUGACAACCUUUGCACGAGUGCCAACAAUUUGGGUGC